AUGUCGGGCUAUGAUUUAAAAAAAGAAGAAGAGGUCAAGGAGUUUGUAGAAAACCUCGGUAUUGAGUACAGAUUUGGAUGUUAUAAGGAGAAAAAGCCUGAAGUAUGCCAUCUCUUAGGAGAUUAUUUAGAAGCGAUAAAGAAGGAUUUUGAGAAAGCAGCAACAGUGUUUAAAAGCAAUUGUUUAGAUUACAACUAUGGUAAAUCAUGCCUGAAGUAUGGAAAUUAUAAAUUAAUCGGUAAAGGCAGUAAUAAGAGUGAUCCUGCUGAAGCUUUAAAAUAUUUCGAGAAAGGUUGUGAAAAUAAUGAUCCCACAUCUUGUCUUCAUGCUGGCUUACUUUUGACGGCUAUAAGCCCUGAUGAAUCUGUUAUACGAGAUGUUCCGAAAGGUUAUAAUUACUUAAAGAAAGCUUGUGAUAACAGAGAGAACAUGGCAUGCCAUUAUCUCUCAGGAAUGUACUUAACUGGAGUUCCCAAAAACCCAAAGGAGUAUAACCCUCACAAACCUGAGAAGAAUAAAAACAUAGAUUUUUUGAUCAAACCGGAUUUGAAACAAGCAUUUUCGUUUGCUCUGAAGGGCUGUGAGCUAGGUCAUAUUUAUGCUUGCGCGAAUAUUGGCAUAAUUGGAGGGUCAGGGUUUGAUGAACCGGGAUUAUUUGAAAACCCAGUAGAGCGCGUGGUUUCUACGCCCUUCGGCAACCCUUCUGAUGUAUUACUUGAAGGAGUUAUUAAGGGAGUUCCUUGUGUAAUUUUGGCAAGACAUGGACGGAAACAUCAGUUUCAGCCAAGUGACGUGAAUUACCGUGCGAAUAUCUGGGCUUUGAAGGAAGUGGGGUGUACUCACGUGUUGGCAACUACGGCCACCGGCAGUCUGCACGAGGAUUAUCAGCCCGGCUCCCUGGUUGUCGUAGAUGACUUUAUUGAUCGGACAUGGGGUAGAAAAUGUACUUUUUACGAUCGAACCGAAGGUGGCCCCAAAGGCGUUUGCCACCUUCCAAUGAGCCCUGCUUUUUGUGAAGUAGCUCGUAAUGCUCUGUCGACCGCCGCACGCGCACGGAAUUAUCCCUGUCACCACAAAGGAACUAUUGUUACUAUACAGGGUCCAAGAUUUUCAAGCCGAGCGGAGAGUCUGAUGCAUCGUCAGUGGGGAGGACAUCUGGUCAAUAUGACAACAGUCCCAGAGGUUGUGUUAGCCAAAGAAGCUGGUUUAAGCUAUGCUGCGGUGGCUCUUGUCACUGAUUAUGACUGUUGGAGGGAUAACGAGAAAUCGGUAUGUGUAAGUGACGUCCUAGAGGCAUUCGCUAAGAACGUCAAGAAAGCGGCUGACGUCAUAGUGGACGCUAUUCAAAUACUUGCUGCUUCCACAGACCAUCCCUAUUUAACAGCACAUAAGGAAUUGGUGACAUCCGCCAUAAUGCUGAAGGAAUAA